AUGUUCUAUGAAUUUCAACCUUAUGAUAGAAUUGUAUCACUUUUGCGUCGUAUGUCAAAUCUGGAAAAAUUAACUUUAAACAUUUCUAUAAAAGAUCGAAAUAGUGUCAUUGAUGGUACUUAUGUUCAACAUGAUAUUUUUGAUUGUAUGCCACAACUUCAUUUAUUCACUUUCUAUAUUUGUACUUAUGUUGAAACGAUUGAUUUAUCCUACAAGUUAUCUAGUGAAGAUAUUCAACAAACAUUAACGAAUAUUGGAUUACAAAAUGUCAUUAGUAUUGUCAAUUAUGUUUGUGAUUCAAGAGCUGCAUGUUCGAUUUUCUCACUUCCUUUUCAAUUUGAUUAUCUCAAAGAUCUUGGCAAUAAAUUUCUAAAUAUUGUAUUCAGUUAUGUUACGUAUUUACAUGUGAAAGAUAAUGAUCCAUUUAGACAUGAAUUCCUCGUUCGAAUUGUCCGAUCGUUUCCAUUACUGAAAUAUUUACGUAUUUAUAAUGUACGAUCAUCGUUACCAAUUGAUCUUAUGACAUUUUCAUCUGACAAUUGUCAAUUAUACUCAACUAUUGAAUAUUCGCAUCUAACUACACUUGAUCUGAGUUAUGCACAUAGAGAAUAUGUUGAACAAUUUCUAAAUGAAACAAAGACAUAUAUGCCUUGUCUGACGGAAUUAUUGGUCAUGAAUAAACUAUCUAAUCUUAAGUGUUUCUCGUUAAAAAUGUUCUAUGAAUUUCAACCUUAUGAUAGAAUUGCAUCACUUUUUCGUCGUAUGUCAAAUUUGGAAAAAUUAACUUUAAACAUUUCUAUAAAAGAUCGAAAUAGUGUCAUUGAUGGUACUUAUAUUCAACAUGAUAUAUUUGAUUGUAUGCCACAACUUCAUUCAUUCACAUUCUAUAUUUGUACUUAUGUUGAAACGGUUGAUUUAUCCUACAAGUUAUCUAGUGAAGAUAUUCAACAAACAUUAAUGAAUAUUGGAUUACAAGAUGUUACUAGUAUUGUCAAUUAUGUUUGUGAUUCAAGAGCUGCAUGUUCGAUUUUCUCACUUCCUUUUCAAUUUGAGUAUCUCAAAGAUCUUGGCAAUAAAUUUCCAAAUAUUGUAUUCAGUUAUGUUACGUAUUUACAUGUGAAAGAUAAUGAUCCAUUCAGACAUGAAUUCUUCGUUCGAAUUGCCCAAUCGUUUCCAUUACUGAAAUAUUUACGUAUUUAUAAUGUACGAUCAUCGUUACCAGUUGAUCUUAUGACAUUUUCAUCUGACAAUUGUCAAUUAUACUCAACUAUUGAAUAUCCACAGUCUAACUACACUUGA